GGUUUUUGCUACAAUCAUCCAAAUGAACGAACACUUUCAAUAUUUGCCGCCCUUCAAAUUGCUUCCUGCCCUUAUCAUGAGACAGCAUUUCACCUCUCAGAUUGCCAAGCGGAGCACAUUUCCUUGUCCUUGAUUGAUAUUGAUGGAGUGAAGACCCCACCGUUGCAGCCAGCAAUCCCUCAAACUUGCCUCGUCUCUGGCCCACAAUAUCGAAGAUCGUUACUAACCUCCUUGGUCGCAAGAUGACCUUCUUGUCCAGGAAAGGUUCCGGCGACUCGACCGAUAGGGACAAUGAUGGUAGAGGCCGGAGCCGGGCUUCGUCGACGGAGACAGAUCAAGGCUCAAGCAAGCCAUCCAUCUUCCGACGCUUGAGCAAGAGCAUCAGUAGAUCGGAUGAAGGGCCAAAGAAGAAAGAUGACCCCUCUAACACCACGCAGCAACAUGAGGCCAAGACAAGCCAGAAGCAAGCCACCAUGGAAUCCAUGGAGAAGCUCGUUGAACCGAAAGUUGAUGAGUUAAGACCUGAGACCACGGCCCAUGAUGUCCACGUUGAACGAAUGGAAUCCCAUCCUCACCCUUCAGCCAAUAUAGCCUCGUCUGGAAGUCCGCCAUCAACACCCCGGAGUGCCACAGACACCCAUCGCCUCCCUACUCAUGACUCGGGCAUAGUAUCUCGCACGGCCACUAAGCAAGAGCCUUCAAAGAAGCCCGACGGUCUCACCAAAGAUGACGUCGAACAUCUGUUCAACGGUGCUCCUCAAUUCAUCCUGGAAAAGGGUCGGCGGGGACGAUUCUUUCCCCAAGCCUUCUUCCCCUGGAACAACGAUCUCGAAGUGGGCGAUCUUCAGGAUCGGAGAUAUCUCAAGCAUGAGAGCUUCGCAUUCUGUACGCUUCAUGCACAUCUACCCAUACCGGAUGAGGUCGGGUGGGUUCCGGGCAUGCCGUUCCCUAUGAAAAAAGUGGGACUCGAAACGGGAAAGAGGCCGCUGUUCGAAUUAGGAAUCUACGAGAGACCAAACAUGCUAGGACAAGAUGGGAGAGAGCCUGGCACCGUUGGACUGAGAUACUUCCUGGAGAGACCGGUUGCAGACGGCGUACAAGACAGCAAGAUCAGAGAACAUGCCAAAGAUGUAGAAGUCGAUUUGUCACUGGACGAUACUCCGGCAACUGAGGCAUUCAAAAUGCUAGCUCUAUCUCGAGACAACGAGCAAAUGAAUGCCAAAGUGGGCAAGCAUGCGCCCGCACAGGAUCGUCUCAAGUUCAUCAACGGGGGCCCUCCAGCUUGGAAAAGUGUCGGGGUAAGACCCAUAACCAUGCAAUGUCUGGUCGGCAGAAUGGAAAUGCUCGAUGGUUGGCGUGAUAGAACGGUAAGUGCAGGGUGGCGUGCCACUGUGUUGGACCAAGUCAAGUCCCCUGAACUCCACGACCAUCUCUUCGGCGAAUUGCUUUAUCCACCACGAAAACUGCACAAUGAGUCCAAAUGGCAUGACAAGGAGGCCAUGAAGGUACAAAUUGAAGCUCUGGUCAAAGUCCUUGCUACCCCUGGGGCAUGGCUAGACUUGAGCGCUCCCGAAGCCCGACUACGCUUUGGCAAGAUCAUCAAUAGCCGCACUACUCACUUUGACUACACAACCGGUACGAUGAUAAUCAAUCCGGAGAGGAAAUGGCUUCUUAUCCAGCUCCUCCUUUCUCUCGAACUUGUCGUCCGCCUCGACGCUGCUUUGCGACUGGGCAUUGCAAUGCAUGCUGAACACUUUGAAAUUUCCAGUGAAGAAAUACACCACUUUAACAAGCUCCGCACACUGAAGGUCGACUGGGAUCUGGUGCUUGCGAGACGCUACUUGGACUUGUGCUACGUGAAGAGGAACGAGCGCAAGGAGACGUUGAUCAAGACGGAGUCUCAAGCUCACAAGCUCGAUCGCCAUGCCAGCUUCUUUGGCGGACUGAGGCACACCCUUGGUCUUGACGACAGGGCCGAGUCGGAACCGGACCUUUGCGACGUUGCGAUUCUACCACGCGAUCCACAGAUAAUCAUCGAUGGUGUAUUCCGCUUCGCCACCAACAUCGGUUGGCCAAGGGCUCUCGACGUCCAGGCACGCCUGUCCCAGAAGUUGAAUGAAGGCACACAGGAAGAUCGAGACAGGUUUCUCCUGGAGGCCUUCUUUUGCACAAACGAAACCCACCAUGCUCAGCAUGAGGCAGAACUAAAGAUAGUUCCGCCACUGGACAGCUUCAACCUCAACUUACAUGCAGCAACCCCUGAAACCAUCGGCGGCUGGCUUUCACACAGCUGGUUCUCGGGACUGAUCUUGCCUGGCAAUUCUACGUCCGACAUGCUCAUGGCGACACUCCUUGAGAACGACACGGACCCGGCCACGCUUGAAACGCUGGGCACGAUGAACCUGCCUUUCCGAUCCUGUGGGUUUGUCCUGGGUGAUUCCUCGUGGUGGUCGAAAUCCAGUAUCGUCGCCCGGGUGUUGGCGCCCAUACGUGGCUCGAAGGAGAGCAUGGGUUGGAUCUGCCUGCCCAACUUUGUGCCUUUUGUCGAAUCUACCUCGGAAGCGGUCUCGAGUCGAUGGCUCAAGAUCAAGUCUUAUCCUGUGCCGACGCAACGAGACCGUCCACGUAUUCUUGACGGCGACCGACUCGCGACCGAAUCAACACCUCUGGGUGUCGGCAAAGGCGGCAUCAUGGGCGCCGAGUUCAGCAUGGUGACGGAUCACAUUCUCGACCACGAUUCGCACGCCGAGGUGGUCGUGAAGUCGGUCAGUCUGCACCUGUCCAACACGAACGCGACGGCCAUGAGCGCCGACCAUGCCCUUUCGGCGUGGGCGCAGUUCGAUCUCAGUAUCACGCGACCGGACGGAACUCCACCAGAGGCCAAACAAGUCCGCUACGGUCUCGACAGGGCGGUCUACUAUGUCACGGCGUACCCUUGCCGCCUCCCCCACGGACACGCCACGUUCAAACCGGGCUCGACCGACGCCCACUACAUCCGGCAGCACCCCCGGCACAAGGCGUCCGAGCAUCUGCCCGCGCACCCCCUGCACAAGACGUACAGGUUCGUCACGAAGACGCUGGAGGAGGUCGUGGAGAACCCUCACCUCGAACCGCCGGCGUGCGGCGCGGGCCCGACGGUGGAAGUUUGGAUCGUCGACGCCAGGAACAAGCUGAGCGCCGGGGAGAAGGAGAAGUGGAGUGAGAUCCAGAGCCUCCUCCACCAGAGUCACAACCAGAACCAGACUCGGUCCGACGAUACUUCGUCGACCACUUCGAGUCACAUGUCCGCGGCGGCGAGUCUGGCUGAAUGGUGCGGUCCCGGGGUGGAACAGAUAAGGAACAAAGAUGUCCUGGUGCGGGCGUGGUGCGCACAAAAGGGACGCAACGCCAUCGUCGCACGCGUCGGUAGGACGUGCCUCAGUUGUGCAGUGAGGGAGGCCAAGGCUUUGGAAAUCGGUGUCAUUGUCAGGGUAGGUAUCAAGGAGUGAUUUGAGUUGUUUUUUUUUCUUCUUUCAAGCACAGAAAGAGAGAGAGAGAGAGAGAGAGAGAGAGAGAGAGAGAGAGGACGAAUGGGACAAUGUACAUGUGCGUUGUCUAUCCACAUAGUGGAAUGAGAGAGAUGGCAAUGAAAUGGACUGCCUCUUAAGAUUAUUUGCCAUAUAGGAAACCUGAUGAAGUUGUGGUUG